AAAAUCAAAACUAUGCUUUCCCGCCAAACGCACCUAAAAUUUCCGUUGAAUGAACAGCAAUAAUUGCUCAUUAUUGGAAAAUCAAUGAAGAACAAAAUAGGUUCCUCUAAUCGCAUUGAUUUCUAGGGUUUCAUUUUCUUCUCUCUCGUUUAUCGGCCCAUUCGUCAUGUCUACUUGUACUGGUACAGCGAAUUUUGCUUCUUCACCGCUUUCGUUUUCUAAAUCCGGCAUCACCACUUGCUCCUCGCUCCUUCAUGAAUUGCAGGAAAUAUGGGAUGAAAUUGGGGAGAGCGAUAAGGAAAGGGACGAGAUGCUUCUUCAUCUGGAGCACGAAUGUCUUGACAUUUAUCGUAGAAAGGUAGAAACAAGUAAACGAUGCAAGGCAGAUUUGCAGCUUUCAUUGGCUGAGGCUAAAGCUGAGAUUGCUGAACUUGCUUCUUCUCUUGGAGAAAGAAUUUCCUUGCCACAGUAUGAGAAGAUGGAGGGCAAUCUUAAGGAUCAAAUAUCUGUUAUAAACCCUACAUUGGAGAAUUUGAGGAUGCUGAAACAUGGAAGGGUCAGGGAGCUUUCCAAACUACAAUUGCAGAUUGCUCAGAUCUUUGCAGAAAUAGCAGGCAAUGAUCAGGCUUUGAAUCCUGAUGAUAUUCAAGUAGAUGAACUAGUCCUGACAACUAAGAAGUUAGGAGAGCUGAACUCCCAGCUUCUGGAGCUUCAGUCUGAGAAGAAUUUUCGUUUGCAAAAGGUUAAUAGUCACAUCACUGCAAUCCACAAGCUCUCAGUUGUCAUGUCACUUGAUUUUAAAAGAAUAAUGGCCGAAAUUCAUCCAAGCUUGACUGAUUCUCCUACUGGUCAGACAAAGUGCAUUAGCAAUGAGAUACUGGCUAGAUUAGCCAGUGAAGUCAAUUCAUUGAUCCAAAAGAAACAAGGGCGCCUGGAAAUAGUGCAAGACCUAGGGAGAGCUCUCAUUGAGCUCUGGAACCUCAUGGAUACCCCAAUUGAGGAGCAAAAAAGAUUUGAUCAUGUCACUCACUUAAUCACUUCCACUGUUGAUGAUGUUGUGAGGCAAGAAUGCCUUUCUGUUAAAGUGAUUGAGCAGGCUGAAGCUGAAGUUGCUCGCUUGAGUAUUUUGAAAGCCAGCAAGAUGAAGGAGCUAAUAUUUAAGAGACAAAAUGAACUUGAAGAAAUCUACAGAGGGGUACAUUUACUAGGUUACUUUAGAGAUUGAAUAUGCAUGCCUUCUGCCUCUGUUUUGCUCAUGAAUUUGAUACAGUUGAACGGUAGUGUGGAUCUUCCUGAUCUUUUAUCAAGCAUGGAGGAACAGAUUGCAAACGCUAUAGAACAGGCUCAAACCAGAAAGGAUAUUUUAGAUAAGGUCGUGAAAUGGAAACAUGCGUCUGAAGAGGAAAUCUGGCUUGAUGAAUAUGAAAGGGAUGAUAAUCGUUAUAAUGCUGGAAGAGGAGCUCACAAAAAUCUGAAACGUGCAGAGAAAGCAAGGACUUUGGUCAGCAAAAUACCAUCUCUUGUUGAAAAUUUAACUGCAAAAGUUAAAGCAUGGGAGGUGGAGAAAGGAAUGCCAUUUUUAUACGACAGGGCUCCUUUAUUACGGACAUUGGAAGAAUUCAAUAUUUUACAACAAGAAAAAGAAGAGGAGAAGCGCAGAUAUCGAGAACAGAAGAAGCUACAGGAUCAGUUAGCUGCAGAACAAGAAGCUCUGUUUGGUUCGAAGCCAAGUAUCAGAAAACCUCUGGGCGUGAGUAACACCACACCAAAUAGUCGACGUCAUGGAAUAUCAGGUGGAAGGGAAAGAAGAGAAAGUAGUAAGGCAAUCCCAAUAAACUAUGUUGCUCUUGCAAAGGAUGAUUGAUUUUGUAUAGCUACUACACUUUACAGUUUUCUCGUAUCUGAAGCACAGUAUGCAACAAAUUGGUCUCACCUAUAUGGGACCGUUAACUUCCAUUUAUUUUUUAUUUUUUGCUGGUUUGCCUGGAAUAUUAAUUUAUGUUCAAAUGGAGUGCUUGAAAAACA